AAGGUUUCAUCGGACUCUGUCCAGAGUUCUAUACAAGACAGUUUCUCUAGUUUAUCAGAUUCACGUUCUAAACCUUGGACUUCAAGAUGGAGUUUAGGUUGAGAUACAGUUUAGUACUUCUUGUGUUAUCCAAUGCUUCUGCACAAAAUUGGAGACAGCAACCCCAUCUAGUGGCGGAAUCUGGAAACAACAUAUCUCUAGCGUGUCCUGGAGUAACCGGUUCCUCGUACAUCUACCUGGUGGAGUGGGUGUGCGAGGGGUGCCAGUGUGCCGACUGCCCCCCAUACUCUCAUAAUGGAUACAGACUACUCCGGCAUAAUGAUCAGACUGUAGAGUGGGAUAAAUCUGGAACCAGGAACCUGGAUAAAAAGGAUUAUACGCUCAACUUCAGUCCUGUCUCUAGAAAGGAUUCUGGAGUUUAUCAUUGUCUUGUGAACAACCGUGGAUCCGCUGAUAUACCCAUUCUACUCACAGUUCAGGACGUACCUGAUCCACCACCUAGUCGUCCUAUGGUCUCCAGGAUAUCAAGCCGAAAUGUCCUCCUGACCUGGGCAACUCCUUUACAUGAUAAUCAUGCACCGAUAUACAACUACAGGAUUUUUGUCAGGGAGAGACGAGACAACUGGACUAAAUCUAUUGACACAAAUUCCAACACAACGGAGUUCCUGAUUCCUGAUCUUAAACCCUUUACUACUUACACCUUCAGGGUAUCAGGACAGAAUCAGAUCGGGUUUUCUGCUCUUUCGAAGGAAUCCUUUCAAACAAUGACACACAGAGAAAAGCCUGCUGGUAAGCCUGUAUUCCUCAGAGACAAGAUAAUCUGUUUAAGCCAAGGGUUCGAACUGUACUGGACCCCACCCACCCUAUCCUCUAUAAACGGGGAGUUUAUGGGCUACGUCAUGACCUACAGACCAACUGAUUCUCAUGAUACUACAAAACUUAUUGUUACCGACGAGUCACUUAAAAUCCAGAACUAUUCUCUAAGUGGGUUGAUGCAACAUACAACCUAUGAAAUCACCCUGGCUGCCCGAAAUUUAGAAGGAACUGGACCAAAGGAUAUCGUAAUACUCAAAACAGAAGAUAUUAUGAAUUUUAAAGAACUGUAA